AUGGCCGCCAUCCUGCCUGUCUCUGAACCUGUUUUCAUGAGAGCGACCACCAUUCCUGCACCUGUGACUCAGAGGGCCAUCAUCACAACCACACCUGCAAUCAUGAGGGCUAUUAUUCACCCAGCACCUGACAUCAAGAUGGCCGCCCUGCCUGAAUCGACUACUGCUGAGGUAUGUCUCAUUAACUCAGUACUACCUGAAUUUGCCAUAGCCCUGUGGAUGCAAAUGCAAACCAACAACGUUGUCAGGGUGAAGUUUAAAGAUAGCAAGAAAUACAUUUUUUCUUCAGAACCAUUAACAUUUCAAACAUUUUUGGAAUGUGUUGCCAAGAAGUUUAAUCUUCCGACCAUUAAUGUUAAAGUCUUUGAUGACUCAAAGACAGAGGUCGAUGAAGAAUCAUUUGAAUAUCUGCUGACACGACCAGACCUUGGUGUCCUGGAAAUUUUCAUUCCAGGAAGCACAACAAGCCUUGAUGAUUAUUUAAGCUCAAACACAUUAGAAGAUACUGAGGGGAUGUCAGAAUCUGAUGACACAGCAGUGUUGAUUAGAAAUGCUCCUGCAAAAAACCAAGCUGAGGAACGUCAUCUAGCCCAAAUGAUCGAGGAUAUCCUAAAGGGCAGCCCUGGAGGCGAUAAGGUCAUAAACGAAUACGCUCGCACUAGAAGUCUGUCAGAUGGCCGAAGACGUGACAUGGUGAAAAUCUUGGUAGCACAUCCCAGAGGAAAGGAAAAUCAAUCAUGA